AUGUCAUUGUUCCAAUUCAUGCGCUCGCUCGGUGCGGGCUGGCAACAGCGCGCCGCGGAGCGGCAGCGGCGCCGCGCCCUCCGCACUGCACCACAACACCGGCACGCGACCUCACAACACACACAUCACAGUUUCUUGACGAUGUCAAACUUGGACUUGAGGUCCAUGGGCACUUUCUUAGGGUCAAACUUCUUCUUGGCAGCGAGGUGCGCGCGCAUCUCCGCCGCCGUCAUCUGCAGGUUGAGCCGCGGAGGCUCGGUCGCCUGCGCGCUGUCUGUGGCCGCGGCCUCGGGCGCCUCGGGCGCAGGCACGUCCAGGUCCGGCACCGGAUCGCCCGGCGCAGGCGCCACCACCAGCAGCUCGGCGUCCUCGGGGCGCUCCUUAAUGCGAGCCACCACCUGUUUGUGGCUCUCGCCAGCGAUACUGUGCCCGUUCACCUCAAGGAUGCGGUCGCCCCGCUUCAGGCCCGCGUGCUCCGCCGGGGAGCCUUCGUCCACCUUGCCUAUGAACUGGCCGGGCUUGCCCUUCUCGGCGUGUAGGUUAAAUCCAUAG